GCAAAACGUUCAUUGAAAAAACUUAUUCGUCAAAUAAAUCGGUGGUUAAAAUGAUCACCGUAAAGUUAUUGAUAUUUUCAUUAAGUUUAUUACUUGGCUGUUGUAUUUGGAACGUUUUAAGUUGUAAAUCUGUAGAUUUUGGAAAUGGUGGAACAGCUUGUGUGUGCGAUGAAAACUAUUGCGAUUUCAUUGGUCCAGCUAAAAAGCCUGGUGGGAACGGAUAUGUUAUAUACACUUCUAAUUUAGCUGGAUUGAGAUUUAAUGCAAGUUAUGGAAAAUUCAUUCAAGAUAAUGGAAAUUCAGGAUCUAAAAAGAAACAUUUCAAACAUUUAAUUAACAAGAAAAAGCAUGAAAAACGGGAUUAUGAUAAUACAAUACUAGAAUUGAAUGAAGAUGUAACUUAUCAAAGCAUUUUUGGAUUUGGUGGUGCAUUUACUGAUUCAACUGGGUUUAACAUAAAAUCAUUACCACUAAAGUUACAGACCGCUAUUAUGAUUUCAUAUUUUGGUAUGGAAGGAAUUGAAUACAACGUUGGGAGAGUACCGAUUGGUGGGACAGAUUUUUCGCCAUACAGUUAUUCUUAUGACGAUGGCCCCGAAGACAAAAAUCUAACAAAUUUUGCUUUAAAGGAUCUCGAUUACAAAUACAAAAUUCCUUUUGUAAAGGAAGCUAAAAUUUUAAACGAUGAAUUGGAAUUGUAUGGUUCCGCUUGGACAGCCCCAAUUUGGAUGAAAACCAACAACAGUACGGUUGGUGGAACGAUAAAACCGGAAAUGUAUCAAACUUGGGCGAAUUAUUAUGUAAAAUUUUUGGAGGAGUACGAAAAAAAUAAUAUUUCUUUUUGGGGGAUUACAACCGGAAAUGAACCUAGUUUAGCUUUGUUUCCGUUAAUUUUAGCAAACGUUAAUACGGUUGGUUGGACUCCAGAUCAAUUAGCAAAAUGGGUUUCAGAAAAUUAUGGACCGACAUUAAGAAAUUCUAAGUAUAAAGACAUUAAACUUAUGGCUAUGGAUGAUCAACGAUACUUUUUACCUGGCUUAUACAAAGUGUUGGAUGGCCCAACAAAUGCAUCGUCAUACAUUGAUGGAAUAGCUGUUCAUUGGUAUUUAGACAAAUAUGUCCCUGCAACAACGUUAAAUACAACCCAUUAUAAAUAUGAAGAUAAAUUCAUUUUGUCAACAGAAGCAUGUGAAGGUUCUACACGUGUUGAUAAAGGCGUUAGAUUAGGUAAUUGGCAAAGAGGAGAAAAUUACGCAAAAGAUAUUAUUGAUGAUUUAAAUAACUGGGUAAUAGGUUGGGUAGAUUGGAAUAUGGCUAUAAACAUGACCGGGGGACCCACUUACGUUGAAAAUAUCGUCGAUGCCCCUAUAAUAGUAGACGGAAAAAGUAAAGUAUUUUAUAAAAAUCCGAUGUAUUACGCAAUGGGACAUUUUUCCAAAUUUUUACCAAGAGGAUCGCGUCGCAUUUCUUUAACUGGUGAUUAUACAAAUCUUGACAUCGUAGCUUUCAAGAAACCAAAAGGAGGGAUUGCCAUUGAAAUCCUCAAUAGGUAUAACUAUUCAAUACCGUUGAAGAUUCGUUAUAAGAAUAAUAAAUUGAUCAGUUUGAAUGUUACACCGAAAUCUAUGAAUACAGUAUAUUGGUAACUAAAUUGAUAAAACAAUUUUUUUUCGAAAAUUAUAAAAUGAAAGAAAAUUAUAUCUGAUAACUAAA